GGGCUUGUAUGAAAAACUAAACUCUCCCAUCAUUUCUUCUCACCAUCGUCUUCUCCAUCGACUUCGAGGAUCGAGAAAAGAUAAAAAGGGGGAAAAAAAAAGAAGAGCGAAAGAGAGAGAGAGAGAGAGAGAGAGAGAGGAGGCGGAGAAGAGGAGGAGGAGGAGAUGGUAUUCAGCAGCGCUCGGGUGGCUCGGGUGGCGACGGUGUCGGCGGAUCUCUGCCAGUACAUCGCCUGCAAUCCCCAGCGGCUGAGCAGCUCCGAGGUCCUUGACCUCCUCUGCUGCCUUCCCCUUUACCAUCUCCGCCGCCUCGCCCUCUGCCUCUUCUCGUUCUUCUGCUUCCCCCCUGACCACCUCCACCCCUACCAUUACCGUCGCUCCUCUUCGUCCUCCUCAUCCUCUUCCUCUUCCUACGACUCUGAUGGCUACGACUCGCAUUCAGAUUGACCCCUUUGAGACCUUGUAUAGUAUCCGCCUCUUUUUCUCUUGCUAUUCUCUUGCUUAGUGAUGUGAUUGGGAUGAUUGAUGGCUUUGUUGACGUGUGAAUCAUGCUCAAUUUUUUGUCUGUUUGUUCUUGAGGCAGCUAUCUUGUGGAAUUUCCCGCGUUUGAUUGGAAUUGGGGAAUUGCUCUUUGAUUGUUGGGCGUUGUUGCUGAUUCUAUAUCUCAUAAUGUGAUAAAACUUGUUUUUUUAGCUAUGCGUUGUUGUGUUUUUUCCCCCUUAGAUUUUUUUCUUUUUUUUUUACUUGGCCUUCAAUUGUUUUGCAUGUUUAGCUCUCUGAUUGAUAAGAAUUCCUAUAAUCUUUGGUUUCAAUGCAAAUUAUGAUCUUGCUUUGGAGAAA